AUGAGCUCCAGCACCUCGCGCCGUCGACGGCGUGGGGAUGAGGAUGAAGAUGAUGACAGCGGCACUGACGGCCGAAGAUCACCAUCUGGAGACGACAGCCCGAAACGACGACGAGUAGACACCGAAUCGGAGGAAGAUGAACAACGACGAGGCCGAAACGUCCCAGUAGACAACUCCAGCUUCCAGCCAGGAGCCAUCGUCCGGGUCAGCGUGCAGAACUUCGUGACAUACGAGAAGGCCGAGUUUCUACCCGGCCCAAAUCUGAACAUGGUUAUCGGUCCAAACGGCACUGGCAAAAGCUCUUUGGUUUGCGCCAUCUGUCUAGGGCUUGGAUAUAGCCCCAAACACCUUGGCCGCGCAGGCACUGUCAAAGAGUUUGUCAAGAACGGAAAGGAUACGGCAACGAUCGAGAUCGAGCUUCACAAACGGCCUCAAGAUCGGUCCAACUAUGUUAUUCGAGUUCAAAUUCGCCGAGAGCAAAAUAUCCAAAAAUGGUGGUUGAAUGGCAAAGAGACGACCCAUAAGAAGAUACAGUCAUUGAUGCAUAUGCUCAAAAUUCAGGUAGACAACCUGUGUCAGUUUCUUCCUCAGGACAGAGUUGUCGAGUUUGCGGCCUGCACUCCCGUGGAAUUACUUCAUGAAACUCUGCGCGCUGCUGCCCCUGAAGAAAUGCAAAAGUGGCAUCGGCAGCUCCAAGAAUAUCACAAGGACAAGAAGGACAUCGCUGAAGCCGUGCAGACUGAUGCCGAAACCUUGAAAAAUCUACAAACUCGCCAGCAAGGCUUACAGGCUGACGUGGAUAGAAUCCGCGAACGAGAAGAAAUCCAGGAACGAGUCAGUAAUCUAAAAGGCGCGCUCAUUAUUGCGCAAUACCAGGAAGCACGUAACAACCACAUGGCCGCAAAGGAACGCAGAAAGGAGGCAGAAAAUAAACUGAAACUUCUUGAGCGGGAAAGCGGGCCAUCUUUGGAGGCAGUCAACCGGAAACAGGUCUACGCCCAGGAAAUUGAGGCCGCCAUCCCAUCGAGAGUAAAGGCGGUUAAGGAUACUCAGUUGGCAGCCCAGAACCUGGCCCAAGACAUAAGCACUAUAGUGGACGAUGUCAAAGAGUGGUCCAAUAAGAUAGGUGCUGAGAGAACAGGGUUUGAUGAGAAGAGGAAAGAGGUAGCAGCAUCGAAAUCCAGAAUUACAACUCUACUAGCAGAUUUGAAGAAUCGACCGUCAGAUUUCAGUGCGGGCGAGUGGAAUCAAAAAAUUCGAGCCGAGGAGCACAACCUGCGAGAAGUUGAGGCAGACCAGCGCCGAUUAACUGCCGAGUUAGACAAUGUUAAAGAAAAGGGGAGAAAGAAGAUGGAUGAGCUGCGGAAACUUAAGGCAGACAUAGAAUCUCUGGAUACUCAAGAGGGUCAGCAGCUGAGCUUUAUGCGAAAACAUUUUCCUGAGCUGGCUACGGCCUGGGACUGGGUUCAAGAACACCAAGGCGAAUUCGAAAAAGAAGUUUUUGGGCCGCCUAUGCUAUGCUGCUCGGUUAAGGACGAACGCUACUCGGAUCAAGUUCAAGCUCUACUACAGACCGACGACUUCCUUUGCUUUACGGCACAAACUAAAAAUGACUACCGGAAAUUAACAAACCAGCUCUACCGCGAGAUGAGUUUAUCUGUCGUUAUCAGAACCUGCUUGCAACCUCUCGCCGCUUUCAGAUCGCCUAUCGCUCUCGAUGAAGCUCAGUCACUAGGCCUGGAUGGCUUUGCGCUGAACUACUUGGACGGCCCUGAACCAGUGCUUGCCAUGCUGUGUGCUGAAAAGAGGUUGCAUCAAUCCGGUGUUUCGGUGAAAGACCACAGUGACGAUGAGUAUGAAAGGCUUGUCAAUCACGGUCGAAUAAGCCAAUGGGCAGCCGGAAAGCAGCAGUACUUGAUUCGUCGGCGGAAAGAGUACGGUCCCAAUGCCAUGACAACAGUUACCAAGAGGAUACAACCUGGAAGGUUUUGGACUUCUCAGCCCGUGGACUCACAGGAGAAGAUGGAGUUGAAUAGGCAGCAAAUUGAAGUGACUGAGGAAGCAGAAGUUAUGAAAGUCACAUACAAGGAACUGAGGCAAAAGAAUGGAACAUUUGAGGAACAAAAAGCCGAAAUACAAGGCAAAAUUGAACGGCACAAAGAGGCGAAUGAGCAGGCCAUGCGCGAGGCCCGGGAAAGAAUCGUGGAGCUCGGCUUCGAAUGGGACAAGGCAGUGGUGGAAAGAGCCAAGCUUGUUCUACGCCACCAGGAGGCUCUCAGUCAAAUCGGAAAAGCUCAUACCGAUCUAAUCGAAGCCAAGUUGCGGCUUAUCGAAGCCAAAUCCGAUAUUGAGGGCCUUAAAGCUCGCAACUCUGAUAUUAUGGAGAAGCUUGAACAAGAGAAGCUUGUAGUGCAACAAGCUACUGAUGAAGCUAUUCAAGCUCGAGAAUUAGGGCGCAGGCUAUCUGACAAAGUUCGAGAACUUAUCAGCGAGAAUCCUGACAAGAAGGAUACAUAUACCUCCCUGGCUGAAAAUAAAUUGGCUGCGGAGAUAGAAAUGGAUAUAUCUGCUGAGCAGGCAAAUCUCGAACUCAUCCACGCAGCCAAUCCCAACGUCAUUCGAGAGUUUGAGAAGCGCGAACAGGAAAUCGCCAAGCUGACGAAGAAGAUGGACGCAUCAAACGGCAAGCUUGCCGCCAUCACCCAGCAGCUGGAUGAACUGAUGAGCAAGUGGGAGCCCAAGCUGGAUGCAUUGGUAUCCAAGGUCAACGACGCUUUCGCCUACAACUUUGAGCAGAUUAGCUGUGCUGGUGAGGUUCGCGUUAAUAAAACCGAAGACUUUGACCAGUGGGCCCUAGACAUUAUGGUCAAAUUUCGAGAGAACGAAUCCCUCCAACAACUCAAUGCCCAUCGCCAAUCCGGUGGCGAGCGCGCCGUCUCCACCAUCUUCUUCCUCAUGGCCCUCCAAUCCAUGGCCCAGUCCCCCUUCCGCGUCGUCGACGAGAUCAACCAGGGCAUGGACCCCCGCAACGAGCGCAUGGUCCACGAGCGCAUGGUUGAGAUUGCCUGCCGCGAGCACACGAGCCAGUACUUCCUCAUCACACCCAAGCUGCUCACGGGCCUGCGGUACGAUCCCAAGAUGAGGGUGCUGUGCAUCGCCAGCGGGGAGCACAUGCCCAAGGAUGGAACGAAGCUCAGCUUUAGGCGGUGCUUGAAGAUUCAGAAGCGCAUUAUGGCGGCUGCAGCGUAA